AUGGAAAAUGGAACCAUGCCUUCCUAUUUUUAUUUCACUUUGUUCAAGGACUUUGUUCACAUGAGAUAUCUUAUCCUAAUACUGACACUUACAGUUUAUUUAGCAAUCAUAUUAUUUAAUGGCAUCAUUUUGUUUGUGGUCUUUAAAGAGAGAUCUCUUCAUGAGCCAAUGUACAUACUGAUAUCUUGUUUGUCUUUCAAUGAUCUCUGUGGCUCAGCUGGUUUCUUCCCUAGGCUAAUGGUUGAUCUCCUUUUUGAUACAAAUACGAUUUCUAGGCCAGCGUGUUUCGUUCAGAUUUUUAUGAUUUAUACUUAUGGAAUGUCUGAAUAUACCAUAUUAACUCUGAUGGCAUAUGACAGAUAUGUUGCCAUAUGCAAUCCUUUAAAAUAUCAUAAAAUUAUGACCUUAAAAUUGACAACACUGUACAUGGCACUAGCAUCACUUUAUGCAGUGCUUUCUGUAGGUCUGGUUAUUUUCUUCUCAGCCAGGUUGCCUUUGUGUGGGACUGACAUAGCACGACUGUACUGCUCCAACUGGUCUGUGGUCCGACUGUCUUGUGGGACUUCCACCUUGAGUAACAACAUAAUUGGAUUUUUUUCCACAACAACAAUAGUUUUUCUCCCUGCCUUCUUCAUCUUCUAUACUUAUGUCAGAAUUUUGAUCAUUUGUCAAAAAAGCUCCAAAGAAUUUAGAGGCAAAGCAUUACAAACAUGUCUUCCUCAUAUUAUAAGCUUUGUCAACUACUCUAUAGCUUCAUUUUGUGAUAUUGCUCUAAGUCGGUAUGAUUCAGACAAAUUUAAGAUUGUGGCUAUAAUUUUUUCAGUGGAAUUUUUGGUUAUCCCUCCUGUUCUAAAUCCCCUUAUGUAUGGCUUAAAUUUACCAGAAAUACGCAAAAACAUUGCAUGCUUGUUUCGGCGCUCAAAAGUUUCGGCGCUCAAAGGCAAUUUUCUAGAAUGA